GUGACUAGAGGCACAGACUCUUCACUCCUCUUGAACAAAGUAUUUGGUUUUGUUAGCAACAGGAAUUUCUUGGGUUUCUGAUUUCAUUAGAGUAAUAAAAGUUUGAGAUUCUUGCACCAUUUACCAGCAUCAUUCUUUUGUAUAGAGAAAAAUAAGUAAAGAAAAAGUUAUCAAGUUUACAACUUUUUUAUUUUUUUAUUUUUUGGGAUCAAUGGACUGUCUUCGCCCUAGAAAUAGACCACCAGUCUUCUCUGGAUUCACAGAGGCUGAGAUAUGGUUGUGUGAUUUGCCUUGCCAUGUUUGGUGCAAGUAUUUGGAAGUUAGGAUCUUCCUGAUUCAAAUUGUACUGCAGAACUUAUUUUUACUCAUUCAUGCCGUGUGCUCCGUCAUUUUCUCUUGGAAUCAUAUCCUUCCAUUUUUUGGAAUCACAGCUUUACUGUUAAGGUGGAGAAGAUGGAGAACUCAUUCACAGGAUCGAGUGAAGACUUGCUGGAUAAGGGUUUUCGCCAAAAAACUGCAAGAAGUUUUAAAAGAAGGAAAAAAGGUCCCAGAUCUGUCAGAACUGGAAUUUGAGGCUAGGUCAUCGAAAGACGGAGCAUGGUAUGAUGUUGAAACAUUUCUUGCUCACACAUUUCUUAGUUCUGGAGAAGCUGAGGUUCGUGUUAGAUUUGUUGGAUUUGGGGCUGAAGAGGAUGAGUGGGUUAAUGUAAAGAAGGCAGUGCGAGUGCGAUCCAUCCCCUUUGAACAUUCUGAAUGCCACAAGGUGAAGGUUGGAGAUCUUGUAUUAUGCUUGCAGGAGAGAAGGGAUCAAGCAAUCUACUAUGAUGCUCAUGUCAUAGAGAUUGAGAGGAAAAUGCAUGAUAUAAGAGGCUGCAGGUGUGUGUUCCUGAUUCGGUAUGAUCAUGACAAUACAGAGGAAAGAGUUCGAUUGAGGAGAUUAUGUUAUAUUCCUUGCCAACACAACAGAUAGUCUAAGCAAUGCCAGCAACCUCUUAACCAAUCUUCAGGUCACAAUUUUUGCCUUAUAAACUGAUCUUGUUAGGAGAUUAAGGUGAUCAGUGGGCAUAUAUGGUAAACAUGAACGGCAUCAUGGAGAUGCUGGGAACUAUAUAUAGUUGAUGAAAUCUCUUGUGAAGAAAUAAUCAUUUUGCAU